GUGCGUUUGCUUUGUUUUAAUGAGAACUUGGGUGCUGAAGCACAGCUCCCCCGGCCCGGAGUACAGGGAACGUUUGCAGUCGCGGGCGUUAAGCCUUGUCUACCAGUCCCCAGGCUGCUCGCGAGUCCUGGCGCUGAGCUGGCACCAGGUGGAAGUGGAAGCGCUAGCACCUCGCAGCUCCUCUGCAGGGGGAGUCAGAGCCUGGAGGGCCUCGCAGUUCACGGCCACGGGGUGUGCAGAGAGCUUUAGCAGCUCACCGGGACGGAGCCCUUCUUCCCUUCAGAGCCGUGCCGGCAGUCCUUGCCUCGGCAGCCAAGUUCCCGGAGCCUGCCCCACAACUCCUGCCUCGCCGCAGGGAAGGGCAGCGCGCCGGCUCGCGAGGAGCGAAGCUCUGCGGGCGCCUCCCUGCCAACACAACCCCCGGUGCUAAUUUCUCCACAAAAAUUCCUCAGGGAAAACUGCCCCAGGCAGAAUCCGCAGCUGCUGGAGGCCUUGGAAGGGGGCAACAAAGCCAAGCGGGGAACGGCUCCUGAUGUUGGAAGGUACCUUCGUGCAGGGAACGGACUGAGCGCGCCGGCAGGGGACGUCAGCCACUUGGGCCCCCCGGGGUCCACGUGCUGCUCCGGUGGGGGCGGUGGGAUUGAAAUCGGAGAGCUUGCUCCGGGGGUGUUCGGUCUUAGGCUUUGAAGCAGCUGUCAGUGGCGCAGUUGUUGGCUCUGCUGAGAGGUGUCCCUUCUCUCGUCCCCCUUUGGUGAGCUGGAGUCAAGCGGUGCCUCUAGAACUGCAGGGCUUCUCAAACCUCGUCCUGUGGGAGCGGGACCGCGACGGCUCUGCCCGUCGCUGUCGUCUCGGUGCAGCUCUCGCUGCGCGGUCCCUUCCUCUGUUCCCCCAUAGCCCCUCUCCUUCCCUCAGACCUUCCUGUACACCCUUCCCUCUUUCCUCUCUGUUCAGCCAAUGCCCUCCCAAAUAAACCUAAAAUCUAUGUAUUUGAAGCGUGACUUUGCGUGCUGUUUGGUGACCUGGGGUCUAGGGGGUGAGCUGGGUGGGGGCUGGCUGCCCGCACAUCGCCGCACCCCAGCCUCCCCCAGCACGCUGCCACUGCGGGCACUGGGCACUGCGGGGCUCAGCCGGGCCGCGGAGCUGCUGAGCCGGCACCGAGGCGCUGGGUGCACCCGCGGGCUCUGCAGCCCGGCUGCGCGCGCUCGCUCUUGCACACGCCGUGCUUGAACAGACAGAAGCGACGUGCUUCAGCUUGUCGGCCCGAGCUGAUCUUACUGCGGGCUCCCGAGAGAUCGCAGCGUCUCUGGAGGCGCACGGGCGGCGCUGCGGGAGGCUCUGAGCCCCCUGCGUUGCGUUCGGGGCCGCGCUGGACUUAGCCUGCGAUGGACGGCGGCUGCAAUCAAGCCUAAGCAAAGGGAGCGGAGAAGGCCGGGCUUUCUGGGUGUCGGUGAUCCUGGUCCGCACGCUUCCGUGAGACGCAUUUAAAGGCCUGGAGUUCAUUGCUAGGACCUGCUGGGCCCGGGAGGAACGGGGCAGCGCUUGGCUGGGGGUGGUGGGGGCAGCUUAUUGGAAAGCCGCUGCCCUUGAUUUCCUGGGUCCCUGCAAGUGCAGGGAUGCAGCCUUCCUGCGCCUCCAGUCCCGUCUCUGGGGCUGUGCGUGGACAGGGAGGAGUUUGCUCUGUGCGCCCCGUACCUGAACGUCCCUUGUCACGGGGGUCACCACUCCCGACGCGGUGGCAGCCCGCAGGGUGCCUGUCGCGCUUUGCUCGUCUCUCCCCACCUCCAGCAGCCGUUUUGCUGCGCUCAGCAGUGCCUGUCCUGCACGGGUGGGCUUCCCCUGCCAGAGCUUCCUGCUGCGAGCCGCACGUGGGGCUGCGCUGGGGCCGCAUCCUGCGCUGGGGCCGCAUCCUGCGCUGAGUGGCUGCGCUGAGCCUGCCCGUCUCCCCGUCUCCCCUCACCCCCGGUGCUUGCGGAGCAAAGGGGCACGCCUCCAGGGCACGCUGGCACCACCUGGCAGCCAGGCUGCGGGCUCACCUUGCACAGGGAUGCCGUGCCUCAGUUUCCCCUCCUCCUCCUAGAAGUCAUCCUGCGCCUGUAGCAGCAGCUGCGGGGACGCGGCACCCCCUUGUUCGCAGCGGCGGCCGAGCUGCGGGGACGCGCGGGGACAGAAAGGGGCCCUGCUCACGCCUGCGCCCGCGGGAGCCGCGUCUCCUGCUCCGUUCCUGCUCCAGGUGCGCGAGGGGAGGCGCGAAGGCUCUGCCGCACGCCCGCCUGGGCUCCGCGAGGGGCCGGUCCCCUCCCUGCUCGCAGGGCUUGCACGCAGCAGCCUGCACGUCGGCGGGGAAGUGCCCGCCGCCCCGGCUGGGCAGGUUCCUCCGGCCGCGCCGCGCAGCCAGAGCCGCGACCAGGUCCCACGGCCCGGCGGAGGAGCGAGCCCAGGCGGCUGCGGGAGCGGCUCUGCUGCCAGCGCCACCCCCUCGGCUCCCAGCCUGUCCCCAGGCUGUGCCCGGUGGCAGAGAGGAGACCAGGGGACCUGGCUCCGAGCUGCCCGGCCAUGGCCGACGAAGAGGAGCGUCCGUCAGCGCUCUCAGACAACCAGGUGUUUGUGCUGACGUGCAUCUACGUGCCGGCCCUGCUGCUCAGCCUCGUGGGCAGUGCGUCAGUCCUCGCUGUCACCUCCCGGCGGAGGCGGUGCUGCCACAUCCAGCUUCGCCCCCUGUUCCUGCUGGCCCUGGCAGAUUUCCUGGCUGCCGCCGUGCUGCUGAGCACGGCCACCAUCCAGCUGCUGCCAGCCCCGCUCUUCAUCCCGGCGUACGCUGCCUGCCCCUACGGACUGAUGCUGGCCACGACCUUCUAUGCAGUCUCAUUCCUGAUGGUUGUAGUCUACGCGUACGAAGCCUACCGUGCGAUCCACGGCUGGAGAGCGUGGCACAUGGCAGCUCUGCAGGAGAGGAGUGGGUGCCUGGAGAGCGCGUGGCAGGGUCUGCCCUACAUCCUGGCCUGGCUGCUGCCGGCGCUGACGCUGCUGGGACAGCUGAUCGCCCGCGGCACCUCCCUGACCGACAUCGCUCCAAAACCCAUCCAGCCCGUCGUGCCGUCCAACCGCUCCAACGAGACCUACAGCCUGUACUGCUCCAGCUGCCUGCUCCUCAUUCGCCGUUCCCAGGAUAUCUGCUACGAGUACGUAGGUAGGAAGGACGUGGGCCUGGAGGGGAAAAUCAUCUUCUUCCUGUACCUGCUGCUGGUGUUCAGCUGCUGCACGCUCCUGUACCGCAGGGUGAAGCUCUGGUGCCGCAGGAACGCCGCCGCUCCCUUGCUGGCCCUGGAGAAGGACGGCUUCGCAGGCAGGAGCAUCCGCAGUGUCAGCAGAGUCUCACACUACUUCCAGCUGGUUUUCCUGCUCUGCUGGGCGCCAGCCUUCCUCCUCACCAUCCUCUCCUUCACCAGCGUCAAACCUGCCUCGGUCUUUGUCCUCUAUGUUGCUACAGCCCUGACCACGUCCCUGCAGGGCUUCCUGCACAGCCUGGCCUACGGGUGGCUGAGACGAAACUUCCGCUGGGAGGCGGUGGGCCAGCGGCCCUCCCUGCAGCACCACAGGGGCCUCCAGGGCUUCUACGACGAGUCCCUGGGGGCCAUCCCCUAGGCCGCCACCCUGGGUCCCGCUGCGCCGAAGCCUCAGCACGAUUUGCACAUCCCCAGCGGCUCCCCGCAGCGGGGCAGGAUCUCGUGGACUCGGCCCUCCGUGCCUGGAGAGGUUCGUGCAGUGAGCCACCGGCAUGGGACAGGGUCCCCUGGGCAGGUUUCCGACCGCGGUGGUAGCUGCAGCAGCGCUGCUGUGGUGGGAUGUCUGCCCAUAGACCCCCGCUGCCGGAGGCGGCUGCAGCACGCAGACAUCGAACCCAGGCGCAGUCGCUGCACGAGAGCACGACCGCGGCUUCCUGCGCGCUUCAGAUGAAAACCCCCAGGCACGGCGCUGCGCCGGGGCCACGUCGCCGCAGCCAUUUCCUCCGCCUGCGCUGCUUCCCCCGUCCCAAGGCAGCACCGAGCUGCUCCUGGCACUCUCACAGCCCCGGUGCAGAGCCAAAUGCUCCGAGCAGCAAGGGCUCAGCACCACGGCACAGCCCCACGCCCCAGCGCAGAAGGUCUCUGGAAGGAGGAUGCCGCGGCUGCGCUCCACUGCUGACUCCAGCCGUUUGCAGCCGGAGGGCUCGUGGGGUGAUGAAGCACCCAGGUGCCGGGGGGGAGGCUGGCAGCGUGCAGGUGAUUUGGCAGUCCCCAGCCCUUCCACCAACUGCGACUAAACCAAGGAAGGUGGCGGGUCUUUCUUCUGUCUGUUUUGUCUGGUCUUGUUUCAGUGUUACUUUCUGCCAGCAAGCAGUCCCAAGUCCUCCGCAGGGCUCGAGAGAAGGUGCUUACAAAUAAACGUGUUACAGC